GCGGGGCGAUUUACUUGGCGGCUACUGGAGAGCCUGGGAGCUAUGGUUGUAUGUAUACUUCCCAUCAUUAGCCCCAGAGCUGGAGGUGGUAGGGAUUCCCGUGACCCCAUAUUCAUUGAUAUUCGAGGGCCCGCACCGGCCGAGACCUCGAGAGACCCUCCUUCGCCUGCGACAGUACUUCGACACUGUGCGACAUUCAGAGAUUACAUGGCAGCCCUGGGUGUCCCUGGGUGAUGGUCCCCGACUUCAGUAUACUGGAGCGUCGAGCAUUUCCCAGUACAGGGUCCUGCUUGAAGGGCCGGUUGGCAGGGCCUGGUUCCUGGGGGAGCGCUUUCUGCGCCAGGUAUGGGGAUAUCUUUCUCAGGAUCCUCCCGCAGUACCCCCAGCCAGUAUGCGGACUGCUGACAGGCUCUCUUACUCGGAGGUAGUCGGCGCCAUGCUAGGCAGUGAUGCUUUAUUACAUGUUGCGGAAGGGGACUACGCCACUUACCGUCACAUAUAUUUGAUGCCUCCAUUGACGGAAGCUCGUAUCCCGAUGAUGAGGCCUGCCGGUAUGUCAUCCUCGGGCCAGGCUCAGGCUCGGGCUGCAGAUGCCCCUUCUACUAGCAGGGCCGGUACAUCUAGAGGUGGGAGUAGACCAUUUCCUCCGACUCCGUCGAUUCAUCCUCAUCUCGGAUGGCCAGAUAUGCCUACUGAGUUGAUGGCGUGGCAGUAUGGGGCUAGCUCUCCGACUCCGAUUCCACUAGAGCCUCCGAUGCCCAGUGAUCGAUACGCCAUUGAUCCGGACUCACCGCCGCCAUCGCGCGGGUAUAUAGAGGAAGUGGUUGGACUGGUGGCCACACUCGAGGGCAUGGAGGCAGGGUCAUCUCGGCCUUCCCGAGGAGCCAGGCCAUCUAGGCCUUUUCGAGGAGCUCGAGGCGGGCCUGUCCGCAGACGUAGGGCUCACGUUGUGGAGGUGGAGCCUGAUGAGGAGGAGGAGGAUGCUGAGGAGGAGGAGAGGCUACCGAUCGUCAGUUCGAGACGUCUGCCGGGGAGGAGGAGGAGGAGGCUGAGGGGGAUCCUGAGAAUGACGGCUCCGACUCAGAUAGAUGAUGAUAGUGGUGUGGAGAUUGUCCCGCAGAAGAGGACGAGGCGUGCUUCUCGUUCCCGUUCCCGAGGACUUUGA